AUGAAUCCAUCGCAUCUGCCGACAUGUGACCGAGGAAAUCGAACAUUACGUUGGUCCCAAUUUUGUGAUGGAAUAUUUGAUUGUCAAGAUCGUUCUGAUGAAGAAGGUCAAUUUUGUAAACUCUGUAUCAACAAUCUCUAUUCAUGCUCAUCUGAAGAUGAAUUGCGCUGUGAUUUAGCAUGUAAAGCACUUCAUUACGUACCAUGUCAGGUCAUACAAGAUCGUCGUGCAUGCCUUCGUCUUCAACAAAAUUAUGAUAACUAUUCGCCUUAUCGAUUUCUCACAGAUAUUAAUUUCUACAUUGCUGUUGCAAUAGCUACAAUUGUUAUUCUUCUCGUCGCUACCGGUAUUGCGAUACUAAUCAAAUAUUGUAUUCGUACACAACGGCAGCGAAUAAGCAGAUUUACUCCUAAAAGAUUGCAUCUUCCCACAGCACCACCACCUCCGUAUUUUUCAACUCCUCAUCGAUCGCCCGAAUAUGAUCGAACAUCGAAUCACAUCUAUGAACAAUGCUACGAACCGCCACCGUACAAAGAUGUGCAUAAAUAUCCAAUGACAAGAACCCACUAUGAACAUGUAUUAUGA